CUGGACCCGCGGCGGGCGGCCGGGGACUGGCUUGCGGUCAUCCCCCGCGGCCGAGCGACGGGGAGCGGGGCCCGGGGGGUGGCGGUCGGGGUCCCCAACCCCCCUCCCCCGGGGCGUGCUCGCGGAGAGGCGUGAGGGUCCAGAAAGGACCGUGGGCGAAGAGGCGACCGAGCGGGGCCCCCUCCCCACCGGGGCCCCCUAGAGCCCGCGGCCCGGCCAGGGUUCCUCUUUCUCAUGGUAAUGAGCGGGGGACCGGAGGGGGGGGCGGCGCCCCCUCCCCGCCCGCCGCGGCUCCCCGAGUGACCCCGGCGCGGGGCGGCGGGGCGAGGCUCUCCGCAGAGCAGACAAAGCCCGCGGCCGCGAUGUGCCGGGCUGUCCGGCUCUGCGCGUGGCGGGGCUCGGCACGGGGGGCGCGGGCUGGAGGCUGGGACCCCCGAGGCCGGGGGCCGGGGUCUGCUCACCCCCCCGCCCCCCGCCGCAGCCCUCCGUCCGCAUGCCCACCCGCACCCCGCUCUCGGAGAUCCGAGCGGCGCCGCCGGGAGGCCGACCCAUGGGGCCCACAGACACCUGGGCUCCCCAACAGCCCCCAACAGCACCAGGGCACCCGGGCCAGGAGCACCCUCCCUGCCCUGACGGCCCCCGCCCGCCUCUGCACCCCAGUGUCCAGAGCACAGUGGACCAGGGCCCUCGGCCCGAGUGGCGGACCUAUUAGAGCCUUUGCCCCGGCGCGGGUGACUCAGAGUGUCCGCGGGAGCGCCGCGUCCAGUCCAGCCAACCCGAGCCCGAGCUCCGACAGCGUCCGGCCCAGCUCCUUACGCCGGCCAGGAGCGAGCAGAGCGCCAGGCGGCCCGCGGCAGUCUCCGUCCUUCGGCCCCAGCCCCGCGUCCUUGCCGGGACCCCUGCCCCGCGGGCAGCGCUGCCACCCUGCCGGCCAUGGAGACCCCGUCCCAGCGGCGCGCCACCCGCAGCGGGGCGCAGACCAGCUCCACCCCACUGUCGCCCACCCGCAUCACCCGGCUGCAGGAGAAAGAGGACCUGCAGGAGCUCAAUGACCGCCUGGCGGUCUACAUCGACCGGGUGCGCUCGCUGGAGACGGAGAACGCGGGGCUGCGGCUCCGCAUCACCGAGUCGGAGGAGGUGGUCAGUCGCGAGGUGUCGGGCAUCAAGGCCGCCUACGAGGCGGAGCUCGGCGAUGCCCGCAAGACCCUCGACUCGGUGGCCAAGGAGCGCGCCCGCCUGCAGCUGGAGCUGAGCAAAGUGCGCGAGGAGUUUAAGGAGCUGAAAGCCCGCAAUACCAAGAAGGAAGGAGACCUGUUGGCUGCCCAGGCCCGGCUCAAGGACCUGGAAGCUCUGCUCAAUUCCAAGGAGGCGGCCCUGAGCACAGCACUCAGUGAGAAGCGCACGGUGGAGAGUGAACUGCAUGACCUGCGCGGGCAGGUGGCCAAGCUCGAGGCCGCCCUGGGCGAGGCCAAGAAGCAGCUUCAGGAUGAGAUGCUGCGACGCGUUGACGCGGAGAACCGUCUGCAGACCCUGAAGGAGGAGCUGGACUUCCAGAAGAACAUCUACAGCGAGGAGCUGCGUGAGACCAAGCGCCGCCACGAGACCCGGCUGGUGGAGAUCGACAACGGCAAGCAGCGUGAGUUCGAGAGCCGGCUGGCCGACGCGCUGCAGGAGCUGCGGGCCCAGCACGAGGACCAGGUGGAGCAGUACAAGACGGAGCUGGAGAAAACCUACUCGGCCAAGCUGGACAACGCCCGGCAGUCAGCAGAGAGGAACAGCAACCUGGUGGGGGCGGCCCACGAGGAGCUGCAGCAGUCGCGCAUCCGCAUCGACAGCCUCUCCGCCCAGCUCAGCCAGCUGCAGAAGCAGCUGGCAGCCAAGGAGGCCAAGCUGCGGGACCUGGAGGACUCGCUGGCCCGCGAGCGGGACACCAGCCGCCGCCUGCUGGCCGAGAAGGAGCGGGAGAUGGCCGAGAUGCGGGCGCGGAUGCAGCAGCAGCUGGAUGAGUACCAGGAGCUGCUGGACAUCAAGCUGGCCCUGGACAUGGAGAUCCACGCCUACCGCAAGCUCCUGGAGGGCGAGGAGGAGAGGCUGCGCCUGUCCCCCAGCCCCACCUCGCAGCGCAGCCGCGGCCGCGCCUCUUCGCACUCGUCCGUGUCGCAGACGCAGGGCGGGAGCAGCGUGACCAAGAAGCGCAAGCUGGACUCCUCGGAGAGCCGCAGCAGCUUCUCCCAGCACGCGCGGACCAGCGGGCGCGUGGCCGUGGAGGAGGUGGACGAGGAGGGCAAGUUCGUGCGGCUGCGCAACAAGUCCAAUGAGGACCAGUCCAUGGGUAACUGGCAGAUCAAGCGCCAGAACGGGGAUGACCCCUUGAUGACCUACCGCUUCCCCCCGAAGUUCACGCUGAAGGCGGGUCAGGUGGUGACGAUCUGGGCAGCAGGAGCAGGGGCCACCCACAGCCCCCCGUCGGACCUGGUGUGGAAGGCGCAGAACACCUGGGGCUGCGGGAACAGCCUGCGCACAGCCCUCAUCAACUCCACCGGUGAGGAGGUGGCCAUGCGCAAGCUGGUACGCUCGGUGACGGUGGUGGAUGAUGACGACGACGAGGACGGAGAUGACAUGCUGCAUCACCACCACGGCUCGCACUGCAGCGGCUCGGGGGACCCGGCUGAGUACAACCUGCGCUCACGCACGGUGCUGUGCGGGACGUGCGGGCAGCCGGCCGACAAGGCUGCGGGCAGCUCAGGGGCCCAGGUGGGCGGCUCCGUCUCCUCUGGCUCGUCUGCCUCCAGCGUCACCGUCACCCGCAGCUACCGCUCUGUGGGGGGCAGCGGGGGUGGCAGCUUCGGGGAGAGCCUGGUCACCCGCUCCUAUCUUCUGGGCAACUCCACUCCCCGCACCCAGAGCCCCCAGAACUGCAGCAUCAUGUAAUCGGGGACCGCCAGGCCGGCUGCAGGCGGGGAUGCCCCGUGUCCCCCGAAGCCUGUGCCACCCACCUCCCCGCCCUGUACUUCUGGGCCAAGGGAACUCGAAGCCAAAGCAGAAUACCCCUUUGGUUUUUUUCUUCUAUUUUUGUUUUCUAAGAGAAGUUAUUUUCUACAGUGGUUUUAUACUGAAGGAAAAACAUGAGCAGACCAAAAAAAAAAAAAAAAAACACGCCAUCAACCCCUUUCCUAUCCCUGCUUUCAGAAAACCUCACGUCUGCCUUAAAACCAAAGAGGGCUUCUCGGGAAGCCGAGGGAAAGGUGCUUUUACAGGGCAAGGCCCUGCCUGCCACCCCACCCCCCGGGGCCCCCCUACAUGGUGCCUGAGUGGGGCCUCACGGAGGCCCCUCUGCCUGCCCCCCACCCUGCCGCAGCCCCAGGGGGACUGAUUUUCCCACCUGCGCUUGCUUAUUUUGUAUUUCAUUUAGACAGAAGAUGGGAAUAAGGUGGGAGGUAGA